GGAUCUACGACAGCUUCAUGGCUUCUAUGUUCGAUCACUCAACUAAUAGUCGAAGCAGAAUCCCUUCAUUAUGGCUUUCCAGCUAGUAGCAGUAUAUGCAAGGCCGCGUAUAUUGUUGCAAUGCCAGGCUUUGCCACGACUACCCACACUGCUAUCCCAAUCACAAUCAUCGUGCAUAUGCCGCUGUCAUAACUCUCGACUAUUCUCAGCGUCCUCAAGGGUGUAUCGACAGAAACCCGAAUACAAAGAGUCCUUCGGCACACGUUUAAGGAGGGCUUUGGGCGAGACGAAGAUAAAGUGGUACCCAAUACCAGUUGGCUUAGGCAUUGGCUUUCUGGGCCUGCUGCAGUUCUAUCGAAUCAACGAACGGGAGAAAGCAAGGAAACGUGACGAGGAAUUGGAAGACGAUGGGUAUCUGAGAGCAGUCGGAUCUGGUGGAAAUGGAGAGCAUGGAGGGCGACCGAAGAAGAGAGAACGGAUAAGACCUACAGGACCAUGGCAGGUCCAAGUCAUGUCGACUCUACCGCUCAAAGCCAUGUCCAGGCUUUGGGGAAAGUUCAAUGAGCUCGAAAUACCCUACUAUUUGCGCAUUCCUGGUUUCAAGCUGUAUUCAUUCAUUUUCGGCGUUAAUUUAUCAGAAGUAUCGGAGCCCGAUCUUCAUGUAUACCCCAAUCUCGCAUCUUUCUUCUAUCGAACUCUAAAGCCAGGUGCUCGCCCUCUCGAUCCCAACCAGAAUGCGCUUCUCGCCCCAGCAGACGGCCGUGUUCUGCAGUUUGGAACCAUUGAAAGUGGGGAGGUCGAGCAAGUGAAGGGUAUGACAUACAGUCUUGAUGCCUUACUUGGUACCGACCGACCAGGAACCUCGCCAAAUCCAGCCGAUCCAGCAAGAAUCUUUGCUUCCAAAAAUGAUGCUUCUCAACAGAGCUCGGUCCCAGGAGGCGACGGAGAUGAGGAGGUUAUCAAGCACGAUGAAGAAUUCGCGAGGGUCAAUGGCAUUUCAUAUACCUUACCAAAUCUCUUCUCAGGUCCACCUCAGAAACAGCGCAGAAAGGCCGAAGAUGCAUCCACCACUCCCAAGGCAGCUUCAGAAGCUGAAGUCCGAGCCGAUCUCGCCCUAGGUGACAAACCAUGGUAUUCUCGACUUACAUCGGAAAACCGAACUGCAUUAUAUUAUGUUGUCAUCUAUCUAGCUCCUGGUGAUUAUCACCGCUUUCACUCUCCAUGUGCUUGGGUUGCUGAGAAGCGAAGACAUUUUGCAGGGGAGCUUUAUAGCGUCUCGCCAUAUCUACAGCGAACCUUACCAGGACUUUUUAUUCUUAACGAAAGAGUUGUACUCUUAGGACGGUGGCGAUGGGGCUUCUUCUCAUACACACCGGUCGGCGCAACCAACGUUGGCUCAAUAAAGAUCAACUUCGAUAGAGAGCUAAGAACGAACUCCCUGACAACCGAUACCGCGGCCGAUCGAGCUGCAGAAGAAGCCUCUGCACGAGGUGAACCUUAUAGUGGUUUUGCUGAGGCGACUUACGAUGGUGCAAGUCCCCUUUUACAUGGCCAUGCAUUGAAGAGAGGCGAGGAGAUGGGAGGGUUUCAGUUGGGAAGUACUAUUGUACUAGUAUUCGAAGCACCUAAAGGACAACGGCCUAGUCUUGACGAGGGUUGGAUGGGAGAGAAGACCAAGAGGAAAGGAGGCUGGAAUUGGGCUAUCGAGAAAGGCCAAAAGGUCAAGAUGGGCCAAGCUAUUGGAUGGGUUGAUGAAUCAUGAUAACAUGUAAGACUUGAGUGUGUUGAUAAUGACUGAAGUUGCAUAUAUAACAGGCGUCUACACAUACAUGUAAGAAUACUUAACCCAGCUAUCUCCGAAUUUCAUGCCGGCAAUUGCGGUGGCCAAUAAUGUAAACGCGUUUGGUCGAUAAAUCUAC